AUGGUUGGUCCCCUCCGACACCCCGCCUUCUCCCCAAUAAAAACGCCACCGCCCAACCCCGUCGGAGCGGCGGCCGUCGGGAUAUGCCUCAAGAUUCGCGCCCCGCCGCGAUGCGCCUCUUCGGCGUCACCAUCUCGCCGCCGCCGCCGCCGCCGGAGCCGGAGCCGGAGCCGGAUCCGUCCGACCCCCGGGAUCCGAGCCCGCGGCCGGCGAGGGAGGACGCGAUGCGCAAGUGCAAGAGCAUGGGCAACCUCGCCGCCGCCGCCGCCGCCUCCUCCGCCGCAGCCGGCGGCGGCGGCGCCGGGGACGCCGGGGGAUCGGGCGACGGGUACCUCUCCGACGGUGGGCUGCUGCUGUCCUCCGGCAAGCGGCGGCGCGCGCAGGAGAGGAAGAAAGCUGUCCCUUGGACUGAAGAAGAGCACCGAACAUUUCUUGCUGGUCUUGAAAAGCUAGGAAAGGGGGACUGGAGGGGUAUAUCUAAGAACUUUGUUACUACCAGGACUCCAACUCAAGUGGCUAGUCAUGCUCAGAAAUAUUUUCUUAGACAAACUAAUCCAAACAAGAAGAAGCGCAGAUCAAGCCUUUUUGAUAUGAUGGCAACUGAUAUGUCACCAGCACCAAACUGCCCUGUCUUGCCACCAUCAAUGGGAAAAUUACAUGAUAUGGUAGCUAUGACUAAACAACUCCAGAACAGCAGUUUGGAAGGAGUCUCAUCUUCAAGCACAGUUAAUCUAGCACCACAAGUUGCAAGAGAUCUUCCUCCCCCAAUUCCAUCUUUUAAAGCAACAAAUGUAGAUUCAAGUCUCAGCAAAAUGAACCACAUGAAUCUUUUGCGAUAAUUUGGAUGGUUCCUUAUCAGAGUGUCGGAGCAUCUAAUAGGACGGUUUCUUGAGGGCGCCCAUGCUGUUCAGACCAAUUCCAAGAAUCGCUGAAGGGGCAUCUUCAUCGACUCCUGCAACUGCAAGCAUAGCUGAUCUGGAAUUUCAAGCUAACCUGACUGCAUGUUCUAAUGCAUUAUUCGCGAGUCCGAGAAGAAAGCCAAAGAAGGCAGAUCCUCCAGCAGAGAAGGAUCUGGAUCUGACAGUUGCCCCACCCUCCCAACAAACCAGGGCCAGUAUUUCUUCCCAGAACGCAGUAGGCGUAAUUCAAGUCGUAUAGACUGAUAAUUUUUUUUGGGGAGUUUUAACUAUGUUGUUGAAUGUUUACAAAAAUAAACAUUAACAUUAUAUUAGCGAUACACCAAUAAAAGAAGGAAUUAAAGAUUAUGUGCUCCGAAUCGUUGUAUGCUCCCUUCAUUUCAUUUCUGCCUCCUUUUUUCUGGCCACACAAUCAAGUUCAUGUGGAGCCUAUAUAUUUUUGCAGCUUUCAUGUCC